CCAACGUUGUGUUCGCAUGUAUUUCUAACGGUACUUACGAAACAUUGAAAAAUUCAAAGUGUGUUAGAAAUCUAAAACUAAAAAUAAAACAGCAAAGAAAAGAACGCCGACCGGAAGUCAAGCCACAAUUGUGUCAGCAUCCGCGCGCAACAACAAAAAAAUAAACACACAGCAAUUUAACAGUAUUUGUGGUUCUUUGUUUUUGUGGUUUUUGAAUUUCAACAACGAAACUCGUCAAAUGUAAACAGUGCCGCGGGCAUUUACUCCACGCUUGCUGUGUCUGCCUCUGUGUGUGUGUGUGCGUAUGACUUUGUAUUGCACUGUGCUUGAGUGUUUUGAUUGAAGUUGUGCAAGUUGUUGUGCUGCACUCUGUCUUAUCAACGAGUGUUAAUUUUAUGAACAACAACAACUGCAUUUUACAAAAUAAUCACAAGGAAGCAAAUUUGUGCGCAAUUUAACAGGAAAUAUAAGAGUCACGAAAUAUAAAACAAAAUAUAAAAUAAAAAAAAAGCAAAAACUUAUAUUAAAUAUACAUAUGUAUAUAAAAAUAAAAAAAACUUCAAAAAAUAAAGAAAAAUUUUUGCUGGCUGCUAAGUCCAGCAACACAAAUAACUGCACACACACACACGCAUACGCGUAAACUCAAUUAAAAAAGCAGAUGUCAAAAGCAGCUGCAGCGCGUAAACGAAAAUUGACAUGUGAAUGACCUGCUAGUACAGUUAUUCGUGACAGUGUGCAGCAACGCGUUGUAUAAAUGACGAAGCGGUGUCUGCUAUGUACAUACAUACACGCUGGUAAUUAGUGCAAUCAGUUAAAUGACAUUUUCACCAUUGUAAAUGCACGCCAAUUGAUGCUGUCAAUUAAGAGCGCGCGUGAACGCGGACAACUACGAAAACUACCACAAAACAAAAUAGCGCGUUCGUGUGCGUGUGGCAGAACAGGGUGUUGGCGACGGCGUUAGAACGGGGGCAUGCCGCGGAAUUGCAUUUAAUACACAAACAAAUACAACACAAGGCAGCGUGUUGUUGUUGCAAAUUUUGUUUUUGACAUUUCAAUAUUCUGCAGCAACGCCGAAAUUCACUUAACACCGCCAAGUUGGAAGGAAAAAAACUAUUCGCGGCUGUUAAUAAUAUUUUAGCCGGUUCGAGCUUUGCCCGCGAACUCAGGCAACUAAUGACGAGAAAGACUACAGGCGUCGCGGAUGACACGGCUGCUGGCGGCGACAGCGCGGACGCACAACAGCUUGAGGACGCUGCGCACUACGAGCCACCAGCUGGCUACAGUUCCGAUACAACAGCAACAACACCGCCAACACAACAACAACGCGAGCAGCAAGCGAACAGCAUGGCUGCCGCGAACGCGGAAGCAGCGUGCAGCGGCGGAGCGGUCUCGCUACGACAACGACGUGUCUCCGAAUUGGUGCUGGACUCAUACAGCGGCCGUACAGCGACAGCAACACAAGAUUACGACGAUGCGGCAGCCGUGGACCUCGAUGAGUAUGAGGAAGACGAUUACGAAGAUGGCGUUGAUGGCGAAAACGAUUAUUACGACGAAUCGCCGGUGCAGCGCAACGCUAGAUUCUUACAGCCACGUAGACAACAAAGGAAAAUCGAAUUGCCGGAGCAGGCGACGACUAGCUCGGCGGCGAAAGGCGGCGUCAAACGGCCAAAGCGACGCAUUAAGACCGCACGUCAAUUCUCGCAGCGCACCACUUCGACCGAGUCCACGGAGAGCGGCGUGCGUCCAUGCAUAUCGAAGGGUCAAAUGCGCGAAUUUCGCGAAGCAUUUCGCCUAUUCGACAAGGAUGGCGAUGGCUGCAUAACGAAGGAGGAGUUGGGCACCGUAAUGCGUUCAUUGGGUCAAUUCGCGCGUGUCGAGGAAUUGCAGGAAAUGCUGCAGGAAAUCGAUGUGGACGGCGAUGGCAAUGUUAGCUUUGAGGAAUUUGUGGACAUACUCUCCAACAUGACAUAUGAAGACAAAUCGGGGCUUUCCUCUGCCGAUCAGGAGGAACGUGAGUUGCGCGACGCAUUUCGUGUGUUCGACAAGCAUAAUCGUGGCUAUAUAACGGCCUCAGACCUGAGAGCGGUGCUGCAGUGCUUGGGCGAGGAUCUGGAUGAGGAAGACAUUGAAGACAUGAUAAAAGAAGUGGAUGUCGACGGCGAUGGACGCAUUGAUUUCUAUGAGUUCGUGCAUGCGUUGGGCGAGCCAGAAGACUCACAAGAAAACGAUGACGAGAAUGAGGAGGAAAAUACUACUUCACCAUUACCAACACCAAAAUCCGUUGUGUCGAUGACGUAUGACUAAGGAAUGCAGAAUUUUAACAGCUAAUGAUGAAACUGCUUAACGAAAGCUUAACUAAAAGCAAACUAAUAAGGAUAAUAAGCAACAAAACCAUAAAAAUAUUCAUAAUAAGUGAAAAAUAAUAACAAAAUAAUAAAAAAAAAAAUUAAAGAUUAAAACAUAAUAAAAAUAUUAAUAAAAAAUAAAAAUAAAUAUUAAAAAUAUAUAAAAAAAAUUUUACUUAAUAAAAUAAUAAAAUAAAAAAAAGAACAAAAAAAUAUAAUAAUAAGGAAAAAAAUAAUAGUAUUAAAAAAAAUAUAUAUGUAUAUAAAAAAAAAAAUAAAAUAAUAAAAAAAAAUAAUAAAACUAUAAAAAAAUAUUAAAAAUUAAAAGUAACAUUUUGCUUAAUAAAAUUUUGGCUUCUAACAAACUUGUGUUUUUAAAUAAGCAAGGAAAAUAAUAUUGAAAAUUUUUAAUACAAAUACCAGUUUAAUUAUGCCUAACUUAAAUUUAGUAAUCAAAAUACUUAAAAUCAAAACUAUAGUUUCAUCAUUACGCAACAAGUAACGAAAAACCAAAAAAAAAAUUAACAUCUAUGGUACGCCACAUUUUAAAUUAUUUUUAAAUUAUCAAAGUCAUUUCAGAGAAACACAAUUCUUUAAGAUAAAAAAUAUCUAACAAAGCUGGACAAAAUCAAAAUUCGCACAAUUGGUUAUGUAAAAAUAAAAUACUUGCUAAACAAAUAUAUGUAUAAAUGUAAAUCCUUGAAGUAAAUUGUUGCUAAUAACGAAGUUUUUUAACUUAAAACUUGAAAAAAAGGUUGCUAUAUACUAAAAAUACGAAUUAUAACAUAACUCCAAUGUAAACAUAUCCAUAUAUUAUAUGUACUUAGCACUUAAUUACUUAAUUAUAAAAAUAAAAUAUUUACGUUACUUAAAAUUGCCACAAGGAAUAAAUGUAUGUCUCAAAAUCACACGAAAUUAUGCCUUUCUAAAGUGGUGUUGGAAUUUUUGACGCCUUUAUAGCUUUAAAAUUUAAUUUUAAUUUCGUUAUUCAACACAUAUGCAUUCUUAAACAAACAGUAGCAAAAAAAAAUAAAAAAUAAAAAAAUACAAAGAAAAAUAUAAAAAAAUAAAUACAAAGAAAAAUAAAAAAAAAAUACAAAGAAAAAUAUAAAAAAUAAAUACAAACAAAAUUAAUACAAAUAAA